AUGGCUUAUAAAUGGAACCAUAAUUUCCCUAAAAUUGCCCGUGACGCUGGGUUCAUUAUUCGAGAGUUCUCGUCGGGUUACUGUAUAGACUGGAGGUUGAUUUCAUCUAUCGAUCCGUAUGCCAUAGUGAAUGAGAGAGAUUACGAAAAGCUAGAUGAAUUUAUUCCCCACAUUUCCGAGGUUCCCAUUGGAACGGUGCUGCAGAACCGGAUAUUAGACCCAGCGAUCGGAAAGUACUUUGUGCUGGCGCAAUUCAGCAUUCAAUAUUUGUUGUUUUGUAAGCAAUUUCUGGAUGAAACCAUCGUGGAGCUGCGGAACACCGCUCAGGAUAUGCAGAAGGAAAAUCUGAGAUUGGAAAAAAAUUGUCGAAGAAAAAACGAGGAAAUAGCAACGCUGCAUCGUAAGCUGCAAAGGACCGAGAGUCAAGUGGUUUACCCGUGCUCGAAGUGUACGAAGAAUUUCAUUAGUUUUGAGCUUCUAAACGCUCACAUGACCCGCAAACAUACGGAAAUGCCUUCGUCUUUCGGUGACACAAAUUUGGCAAACCAGAGAAAAUUUUCGGAAACGGAUACAAACUUAAUCAACACAAUAAAGCUAGAACUAGAGGUGAAACAACUCAAGGAAAGAUUGAAUAUUGCUGAAAAAGGUUUAAUAGAUCAGAGGAAUCGUGAACAUCAAUGCCAUGGUUGUUCGAAGCAAGUAAAAUGUGACCAAGAGAUGGUAAAAGUUACUCCAGAGUUCCAUACAGUUGCCAUCCAGACCAAUCUAGACGAUAGGAAAGAUGUUAACGAGAAAGAGGUCCAGACAGGUAGACCGAAAUCUUUAUCACCUUCUCAACUUUCCCCAUUACCAAGAAACCAGCUGCAACAGUUGAGUGCGUCGCCGACUCCGUUGGAUGUUAUUUCGAAAUCUGAUUUGGAAGCAAUUUUACGGGAACAAAGAGAGCAGUUCGAGUGUUGGAAAACAGCCGAGAGGCGGAAAGUGUCGCUCGAAAUCGAACAGAUGCGUCAAAGCAUGGCAGAAGCGAUUCGUGAAAUGGAACAACGUGACCGGCAGCCAAACAGUUUACUUGUUCCGCCGGUAGUAACGGAAGAACGGAGAGCAAGCUUCGAAGAUGAAGCAACCGCGUGGAAGGAUCGAUAUCAUGAGAUGGAGAACAUGUACCAAGACAGUCAGCGACAAGUUAAUCAAACUGUACAGAACAUUGAAUCGAUUUAUGAGAAAAAGUUUAGGCAAUUUGAAGAAAUGAUGCAAAAACACGAAAAUUGUGCUCAAUUGAAAAAGCUUGAACAAUUACCAAAAAUGACAGCUAUAGCAGAGGUAGAACGUGAUGAAGUCAACGAAGAUAAAGAGAUUGCAGUGUCAUUUGAAUCGACUGUACCGGUUAUCGAAGUAAUUGAAGAGAAAGAAGAAUCGGAAAUUGAUGAUGUCAUCGAACAAGCAUCAUUUUCCGACGAAGUAAAGGAUUCGGAAAGUGACGAGGAAUUAAAACUGCUGGAAGCAGCUAAAGUAAAAUAUCUGCCUAAAGAAAACGAGAGUUCCCUCGUAAAACAAAAAGAAUCGCCAAAGAAACGGGUAAAACCACUAAUGUCUCCUAAAAAGCAAGUAUUAAAUACGUUUAAAAGCCGGUUGAAAGGUUUGGGUAUCGACCCUAAAACAAAACAGUUACCAACCGAAGAUUUGCGAUCCGCAACUGUUGCUUUGGCUGAACGACGAGAUACCAACAAAAAGAAAAAUCGGGGUUUCUUUAUUACGAGAAACCAACUCUCGGCGAAAGUAGACCAAAUAGCAAAGAGUAAACUGAUUGAUUCUGUGAAAAAACUCCAAAAAAGUCCAAAACAUGACGAUGUGCCAGUAAUUAAACAACGAGAAGCAUCGCAGUCAAUCCCCAAGAUACGUUCUUCCCUAACAACCGUGGACCGGAAAUCGUCAAUCGACAUUCUACCAUCCAAGCUAAAAAUAUCCACAAAUGAUUUUCUUACAAUUCCAGCGCCCAGCGCAAAUCCCUUCAAGGCUAAAUUCAUUCCAGUUUCAACCUCGUCUGUAGUUUCCGUUGGCCAAACAGAAGUUCAGCUAACCAGCGACGACAUAAUAACCGUCCAGGCAGAAAUCAACCGCAUUCCACCACCGUCAUCAUUAGAUCGCCAUGAAACUAGCUCUCCAGUCCCUGCGGGAAGAUCUUCUCCCCACAGGCCGUCUUCGGUUUCCGAAUAUGAUCAACGAUUGCAACGGUUGCUGGAAACACCAGUUAAACGGCUCGUCACGCCACCGGAUCGGUCACAAUCGACAGUACAGACAGCACAGCUGGACGGCUCGGAUUUGAGCGAUCUUUUGGAAGCCGUUCCACAGCAACCAAAACCCGUACCCAAGAAACGGGUGUUGUUCAACUUGGAAGACAGUGAGGGCAAGCUAGACAACGUUAAACACCUAUUAGCUGCGGCAACAGUUCCUGUGCUAGCUCCUACGGUAACCCAAGAAUCUAGAGCGGACGAGGAAUCCGAUUGGAAUAUCAGCAGUUUCGAGGACGAAAAAUAA